UGAAAUUCUCGCAGGUGCGGUUAGUCGUGUUUCGACGGAGGCGAAGAAAGUUAUUGCGGCGCAGUUUUCCGUUUCGGUGUAGUGCUGAGUGAAUGAGUGCUAUAAUACGAUUAAGGUUGAUCUGAAUUUUAAAAUCAACCUGUAUAAAAGAUAGAAAUCAAAUUACAAAAUAAAUAAGAAAACAGUGAACAAUGAAAGAUUCAAUGACAGUCAUAACCCCUUCACCAACUGCCGCUAGUGGUCAACAGCAAAAAAUGUCUCAUUUAAAGCCGAAUCGGUCGCGUUUUAUGAUUAACGAUAUUCUAGCUGGUAGUGCCGCCGCAGCCGCUGCCGUCGAGGCGGCCAAUGCAGCCAGUGUAGCGGCGGCUGCUGCAUUCUAUAAACAACAACAACAACAACAACAACAAAAGCAAAAUAUAAACAAUAACAAUCACAGUGUUAACAAUAACGGAGGUCAAAUUGCGUAUAUCCAGCCUUCACAUCAGUCACUCGAAUCUUCAAUGUCCAUGCAGCAGUCUCCGUCCGCACCAGCGCCACUAACUCUCCACUCGGCACAUCUGCAACUUCAACCACAAAUACAUCAUUCACGAGUCCCCCCUCCACAUAAUUUAAUUCCGUUACAUAAUCAAACGCCCGUAACUGCUGGGACGGCCGUUGCCGGCGCUGCACAUAAAAUUCAUUUUCCCGUCGGUGCCACACAAAUCGGCUCAAAUGGCCUCAAUGUGGCUCAAUAUGCGGCUGUGAUGCAACAGCAUUAUGCCAGCGCUGCCGCCGCCGCACGGGAACUUGAUAACAAUAGUGACUACCAGGAUAAUGAGGAUUGCGAUAGUGAAGUCGGGAGUGGCGGCCACCAGGACGACAACAGUGUUUGUAGUAAUGGCGCUAAAGACGAGGAUGGCAGUAGCAUCAAGAGUGGAUCCAUCAAUGAAGCUCAUAGUUUGAGUAAAAAGCAACGCAAAGCACGCACCGCUUUCACGGAUCACCAAUUGCAAACCCUUGAAAAAUCGUUUGAAAGGCAAAAAUAUUUAAGUGUGCAAGAGCGACAGGAACUCGCACACAAGCUUGAUCUAAGUGACUGCCAAGUUAAAACUUGGUAUCAAAAUCGUCGUACAAAAUGGAAACGACAGACUGCGGUUGGUUUGGAACUGCUGGCUGAAGCAGGAAACUUUGCAGCUUUUCAGCGACUCUAUGGGGGAACCCCUUAUUUGGGCGCAUGGUCUUAUCCAGGUUCACAGGCGCCACAUGGUGCCCCUACGCCGUCGAGUAUUGAUUUGUACUAUCGCCAAGCAGCAGCCGCAGCCGCAAUGCAAAAACCUCUUCCCUACAAUUUGUACGCCGGAGUUCCUAACGUAGGAUCACUUUCUGGACUGCCCGUUUCUGCUACAGCACCGUUUUCGCAUCUCUCCGCUUCCAGUUCGUUAUCUUCAUUAAGCAGCUACUACCAGAGCGCAUCGGCGGCAGCAGUGGCUGCGGUAGCUGGUACAUCUGCAUCUAGUUGUAUUCCUGUCGACAAGCCAAUCGCUUCACCACCAUUGUCCGUCACGGCAACAGUACCAUCACCUGUAUCUCAAAAUAAUGCGACGAUAGAUCGGAGGUGCUCGUCAAAUUCUCCCACGCAAAAAUCACCUCUAAGACAUAUUGACCUGGCUCGCUCUCCCAGCCCCACUCUAAAUCCAGGAAGCCCACCUGGUCGAUCAGGAAACAGCUCACAGGUGCAGUCUGAUGACGAGGAUCAAAUUCAAGUAUCAGUUUGAAAUUAAGAUACAUACAUACCAAAUAACAAAGUAGUGGAAAUCUCAACACAUUCAUAUAUCUAUGUAUAGUGCUUAUCAUAACUGCAUGGUGCAUUUUCCUUCCUAUAAGAAAAUUAGCAAACAUACUUCGUAUGGAAGAAAAUUAUUGACAUCGACAACAAAAAAAAUUCCUAAAAUCAUCGUUGUAGCGCCUUCUAGCUUGCAUUCAAUUUAGAACUGAAUGGGUUGCCAAAAAACUUUCUAAAAAUUCGGAGUAAAAAAAGCUAAACUUUGAGUUUAUCAGUUCGUCGGAUUAUUUUUUAUG